CGGGUGGAAGUCGGAGGGGGGGGGAGUACGGGAAGAGGCUUCCGCUAUGGCGUCUGCAGCGCGGCUUUUGCGCCGAGGAGGCUGCCCGGUGAGGACGCGGCUCCUCUGCGGGGCUCCGAAGGCGAGACUCGGCUGGCGGCGCCAAGUCGCUUCGGGGCGAAGAGGCGGGGGAAGCGAGUUGGCUGAACAGUCCAGAUUUUUCAGAAGAGGAGUUGCAUUCUCAGCACUGUCCUACCUGGGUUACGAAGCAUACAUACUAAUCUCUCACUCUAGUGUGGUUCAUGCUGAUGUCAAAGUUAAUGAAGUCCUAGAUCAAGCAGACUACCUAUAUGGGAGUGGGGAAACCGAAAAGCUCUAUCAGUUGCUGGAAGAAUACAAAAACAGUGAGAAUGCACAACUGUUGUGGCGCUUGGCACGAGCAUCGCGGGACGUGGCUCAGCUUAGUCAAACUUCGGCAGAGAAAAAGAAGCAGCUGAUCUAUGAGGCCCUUGGUUACGCCACAAAAGCACUCGAGAAAGAGAAAUCGUGUUUCAAUGUGCACAAGUGGUAUGCAAUCUGCCUCAGUGAUGUGGGAGAUUAUGAAGGAAUAAAGAAAAAAAUUGCCAAUGCUUUUGUUAUCAAGGAACACUUCCAGAAAGCGAUAGAACUGAAUCCAAAGGAUGCUACAUCACUUCAUCUUAUGGGCAUUUGGUGUUAUACGUUUGCUGACAUGCCAUGGUAUCAGAGCAAAAUAGCUGCAGCUUUAUUUUCUACGCCACCCAGCUCCACCUAUGAAGAGGCCUUACGUUACUUCCAGAAGGCUGAAGAUGUUGAGCCAAAUUUCUAUAGUAAGAACUUACUCUUCUUGGGAAAGACAUACAUGAAGUUGAACAACAGGAAAAUGGCCCUUUUGUGGUUAACAAAGGCCAAAGAACGGCUGUCACACACAGAGGAGGAUAAGCAGGUACAUAAAGAAGCUGUGGAAUUGCUAAAUUCUCUGUGACAAGAUCAUUGAAAUAUUGUGUGUUGCUAUGAUCUACUUACUGGGCUGGGGCAACCCUGUCAGAUGGGUGGGGUACAAAUUAUUAUUAUUAUUUACUAAUCAAACACAUAAAACAGGCCUGGUGCUAUGGAAAUGGCCACAUCUUUAACUGGAGGACAUUCUAUAAUGUAUUGACUAUUGUGUGAAAUAUAUAUUGCAGGAGAUGGAAGGGAUAUGUAUAAAAUAUACUGUUCCAAUCAAAAACAGUUAUAAAAUUUUCUUAGAAGAAUUGUUUAUACUUUGCUUCUAAAUCCGUUUUUCACUUGCUGGAGCUGAACUCUCGGUAGCUAGUAUCUUGGGAAAAGAACAGCCUAAUUAUCAUUAUCUUCUUCAGAGCCCCAACACCACCUUUAAAAAUCCUAAUAUAAAGAAUAAUGUUGGGCCUGUCAAUUUUUUAAGACCCAUGGACAUAUUGUGGCUUUUGAGUAAGUACCAUGGAUCACUUCUAUCACUCACUACCCUGGAAAGAGACAGAAAGCAUGUUUUCGAAGGGAUAUGGGUAUCAGAUCCAGUAAAAUUAAUGUGAGCCUUUAAUAGAACGUAAGGAGAAAGUGCAUAAGAAUGUCAUGCUUCUACCUUCCUCCUGCUGCUCUUUCUACUUUUCAAAUGGGAAAAAAGGAAACUACCCUCAUCACUGAGGGUGUGAGAUGGACAGAGGCUUCAUGAGCGCUGGGGAAGACCUCAAGGGUGAAACUGUACCCAUGGGUGCAACACUAGGAACUCCUGGAGUGAUGUAUGUUGAGAAAUACAUGCCCAUGGCAAUUUCUAAGGGUAUUCUUUACCCUUGGGGAGCAAGUAUACGCUCUUUGGGGUUAAUUUUGAUAGACUCCGUAACACUUGUUGAACCUUUUGGGGUUUGGCAGAAUGAGCUACUGCUUCCUUGUUGUCAGAGAGGAGGUACCUUAAUCAAGAGAAUGAGGGAAGCAGGCAGAGAUAACAUCAGAUCCCGCUCCAGUGGAUUUCUCCCUUCCCCUUCACCAACUUCAUUUUUUUAUCAGUUAUUUUAGUAUUAAAUUGUAAAACACCAUGGGUGCCUUGGCAGGAAGGCAUUGUAUCAAUGCAGUAAAUAAACUGGUUCCCUAAAAGUGUGAACUGUGUUUUCCUACUGUGGCUUCUUAUAUAAUAAAGACCUCUUUCAGAGCCUUUCAACAGGCUCUAAAGAUGCAGCAAACACUUAAGGAACAUUUGCCAUUAAACACAAUAUGGAGCACCUUAUUGUCCUGCCUCUUUUCAGUUUUGUGGGGUGUCUGUUUCUCUCCCUUGAAGACAGUUAGCUUUCUAGAGAACUCUGGUAGUGGGGUGGUGUAGAAAUGUCACAGGUAAAUCAAGCCAGCCUGUUGUACAGCUGAUCCCUAUUUACUAAAUUGUCUGGUGGCUGACAGUUAAAAGCAUCCAGAUUAAAUGCUGAAAUCUGCCUGGGAUAUACAGAUUCCUCUUGCAGACGUGAAAGCAUGAAACUUCAGAUGCCCAGAGCAAGGUACUGGCUGCAAACAGGGUCCAGUGAAACAGUAACAUAGCUCCCUCCUUACUGUAACUUUUGGACCUUGAAAAUCCUGCAACUGGCUAACCCAAUGGUUGCAAGCAAACGGGGAGGAUGUGACCGACGUUUGUAGCAAUAGCAGCUGAUUACUAAACUCCCCACCGCACCUGCCCAACAAUUGGGAGAAACCCAUGUGUCUUGUGGGAAACAACAAAGACUGGAGUACUGUAACUUCUUCCUUCACUGACAAGCGGGAAAGGCCCUUUACAGGGUGAAGCAAGUCAUUGCCAGCAGCGGGCAGCUGGCUGACAAGACCUGCAGGUAGGGGCCUGUCUCUCUUCUCUUGCCCCACCCUGCUGCUCCAUCACCCCUCCCUUCGUCGUCUUGCUGCUCAUGUCUGUGUGGGGAGGAGGGUUACCAGUUACUGGCAUAGCUGCCAAGUUUUCCCUUUUCUCGCGAGGAAGCCUAUUCAGCAUAAUGGAAAAUCCCUUAAAAAAAGGGAUAACUUGGCAGCUAUGGUUACUGGUGGUGGGCUGGUGCCAACACAUUAUCUAUCCCAGGGCACUGUGGUCCCUUGUCAGGUCAUGCCCCCCCCUUGCUGCUGGCUAUGCUUUUAACCCAAAUUUCCUUUCUACAAUUGUAUGAUCUUCCAUUGCCUGCAGUGUUAAGGUUAUCGAAACACGUUCCUCUACAAAAACAGACACCUGAGAUAGUGUAAACUGCUCACCCUUUCUGUAAACCUGUCAAGCCAGCUCUACCUAUUUUAAUUGUUGCAGGGAAACACUAAGGAUUGCUACCAUAGAAAUCGGUGCUGUAUGUGUAACAGGGAAACCUGGCCUGAUCACAAUUCCCCACCCCCACCCCCUAAAUCUUCCCAAGUAGUGCUGUGCCUGAAGUAAGGAGCUACAACAUCUCCCUGACCUGUGGCUUUACUCACUAAGGCUGACAAAAUUUGGAAUCAAGCCAUCUAGAGGCCAGUUUCCCCUUCCCGGAUGUAUUUGAACAAGGAAGUAAAAUAGUCUAACGUCUUGUGUGUUCAGUUCUGGGCACAUUUUAAGAAGGAUACAGUGGUACCUCGGGUUAAGAACUUAAUUUGUUCUGGAGGUCUGUUCUUAACCUGAAACUGUUCUUAACCUGAGGUACCACUUCAGCUAAUGCAGCGUUUCUCAACCACUGUUCCGCGGCACACUAGUGUGCCGCGAGACACUGGCUGGUGUGCCGCGACGUGCGGCGACGAGAAGGGCGAUUUGCAUUGUCACGUGCCUGGCGGCCGCCAAUAAACUACACUGACCCGCCGGAAAGGAAGCCGGCCGGGUCACGACGCGGGGCGAGCGCAGCUCUCAACAGCCACCACCACGGGAGGGUGGUUUUAGACAAACUUAAAGAAGCUGGCUGGAUGAGCUCAACCUGAAACUUGCUGAGCAAAGGAUUGUGCUGGCAGAUAAAUCAGCGGCUUGUGAAGCCUUAUUACAGGAGAUUGCAACCAACACAGCAAUUGGCAAGUAUUUCUUACAGUCAUAAUUAUAUAGUCAAUAUAGGGCGGCAUAGAGUUAAUUUUUUUAACUUUUUUAAUGGUGGUGUGCCUCGUGAUUUUUUUCAUGGAACAAGUGUGCCUUGGUCCAAAAAAGGUUGAGAAACACUGAGCUAAUGGGGCCUCCUACUGCCGCCGCACAAUUUCUGUUCUCAUCCUGAAGCAAAGUUCUUAACCUGAGAUACUAUUUCUGGGUUAGCGGAGUUUGUAACCUCAAGCGUCUGCAGCCCGAGGUACCACUGUAUAGACAAAUAGGAACAAGUUUCAGCAAGGACAACAAGUAUGGAGGAAAAGUCCUUUGAAGUUGAAGGGAAUGUAUAGCCUGGAGAGGGUGGUAUAGCACAUAAUAGUACUCUUGAAAUACCUGAAGCCAUCUCAUGUGGAAGAUGGCAAAAACUUGUGCUCUACUAGCUAACCACAAGUGUAGAGCUAAUAACAGGCAUAGGCAAACUUGGCCUUCAGAUGUUUUGGGACUACAACUCCCAUCAUCCCUAGCUAACAGGACCAGUGGUCAGGGAUGAUGGGAAUUGUAGUCUCAAAACAUCUGGAGGGCCGAGUUUGCCUAGGCUUGGCUAAUAAUCAUUUAAGUUAUAGCGGACUAGAUUAGGAGAAACCUCUUGGAGGUACAAGCAGUUGGACAACGGAACAAAGGAUCUCUACAAGUGGUGGGCUGUCACUCACUGGAGGUCUUCAAAGCAGAGGUUGGACGAUUGGUAAUGCAAAAAAAAAUCUAAAGGAAAAAUGGGCUUUAGGAUAUUAAAAACAAAAGUGAAGGGGUGAAACAGUCUAGAAAAAGAAAAAGAGCACUGAAAGGAGCCUAACUAGAACACAAAGCAAGUUGCCCAACAUACACAAAAAUCAUGCAAACAGUAGCAAAAAUCCCCCAUAUGCUGAUAAAGAACAUAUCAAGAACCAAGACAAAUGAAUAACACAAAAGCACAAAGCUGAGCAGCAUGAAGGCAGGAGUAGGGGCUGAUUGGAUGUGAUCAAAUCAGCUGCAAUCCCACCUUUAAGCACUGGAGGGAGCUCGUGUCCUACACGAUCUACCCCUAGGUUUCUGUUGUCAAAUAGCAGGUUAGGCAAAAUUAUGUACAGACCUCCUCCAACGUUGAUUCUCUCAUUGCAACACAUUAGAGAAGUCUGUUCACACAUACAUGACCCACUAUGGGUACAGGAAAAUGAAGUUCAGUCAUCUUAAAACUGGCAAAUCUAGAUUGUUAUCUGUCAUCUGAGACUCGAGAAGAAAAUUACUACUUUCCUAUGCGUGAAUCGUCACACUGAUGGCUGUUGAAAGAUUUUUCCUUAAAGCUUGAGGAUAAGCAUGCCUGCCCUGUUCUACUGAAAUAUGACUAAUCAAUGCUAUUUACAGGUAGGUAGCCGUGUUAGUCUGAGUCGAAGCAAAAUAAAAAAAAUCCUUCAGCACCUUAAAGACCAACUAAGUUUUUAUUUUGGUAUGAGCUUUC